CCGGUGCAGCUAACUCUUAAGGUUAUUAAGUCAGCCAGCUUCAAAUCUCUUUCGCUUUCUUUUUCGAUUAGGAUACCUGAAGCACAAAGCAUUGUCGCCAUGGCACCGCAAACGAUCUCGAGCAUUGCAGCUGUGAACGGUGACGGGGCUACCACAAAUGGCGAUGUAACAACCGUACACACCGACGUCGUUAUCGUUGGUGCAGGGCCCGCGGGUGCCUCGCUGGCCUGCUUCCUCUCUUCAUAUGGCAUUAAAGGCAUAAUCGUGGACCUCAACUCCACCAGCGCCGACACCCCCCGCGCCCACAUCACCAGCAUGGCCGCCCUGGAAUGCCUGCGUGACAUCGGCCUUGACGUCGUCGCCGAAAAGCUUGCCACGAAGGGCGACUGCAUGAUGCACACGCGUUGGGCGCACAGCAUGGCCGGCCGCGAAUACGCCCGCAUCUACUCCUGGGGCAACGACCCACGCCGGAAAGGCGAGUAUGAGCGCGCCUCGCCCUGCUCCCCCGUCGAUUUGCCGCAAACGCUGCUGGAGCCGGAGCUCGUGCGCUACGCUACUUUGAAUGGCUUCCAGAUCCGCUGGAACACCGAGUUCCAGUCGUUUGAGCAGGACGCCGACGGCGUGACUGCGCAUCUUGAGGACAAGAUCACAAAGCUGACGUAUGCAAUAAAAGCAAAGUAUCUGUUUGGUGCAGAUGGGGCGCGGUCCAAGAUUAUGACCCAGUUGGAUAUUCCCCUCGACAAGCAUCCGGGUGGCGGACCGGCGAUUAACGUGCUGGUGAAGGCGGAUUUGUCGCAUUUGGUGAAGCAUCGGAUGGGGAAUCUGCAUUGGAUUAUGCAACCCGAUCGGGAACAUCCCGAGUUCGGGUGGAUGUCUAUUGUCAGGAUGGUGAAGCCGUGGCAUGAGUGGAUGUUCAUCUUGUUCCCAUCGCCAGGAAGUGAUCUGUCGAGACGUCCGUCCAAGGAGGAGUAUCUGGGAAGAAUAAGAGAGUUGAUUGGAGACGAUACCCCUGCAGAGAUUCUGAGAGUCAAUGUUUGGAAUAUCAAUGAAAUUGUGGCCGAGACUUACUCGAAAGGCCGAGUAUACUGCCUCGGAGAUGCUGUCCAUCGCCAUCCGCCGUUCAACGGACUUGGAUCAAAUACUUGCAUCCAAGAUGCUUUCAACCUAGCUUGGAAGAUUGCCUACGUUAUGCAGAACAAAGCCGGACCCGAAAUUCUAAGCACAUACUCCCAAGAGCGACAGCCCGUUGGCAAAUCAAUCGUCAAAAGAGCAAACGACGGCUUCCGCGAUCACGCCCACAUCUGGAACGCCAUAGGCAUCACCCUACCCACCCUUGCAGAGCGGAAAGCCCUCCUUUCAGAACUAGCCACAAACUCCCAGGUCGGCCGGAGCUCACGAAAGAAGCUCCAAGAAGCGGUUGCACAGAGUGAACACGAGUUCCACGGUCUUGGUAUCGAGAUGAAUCAAGUAUACGCAUCGAGUGCUAUCCAGGCCGACAACGACCCUUCUUUGAAUCAAACCAUAGAAAACUCGGAUGUGGUUUUGUACCACAUCCCCAGCACCAUCCCGGGACGGAGACUGCCGCACGUAUGGCUCAACACCGCUGUUCCAUCGGGUCUAGUCAGCACCAUCGAUCUCGCUGGCAAAGGCGGCUUCACACUCUUCACCGGCAUCGGAGGCGAAGCAUGGAAGCCCGCGGCGACGAAGAUCUCGGAACAGCUGGGUAUCCCAAUCCGAGUCUACUCAAUCGGCUUCGAUCAAGAUUACGAAGAUCCGUACUUCGAUUGGAUGCGGGUACGUGAAGUCGAAGAUUCUGGGUGUGUUCUUAUUCGACCAGAUCGCUUCGUUGCCUGGCGGAGUAAGGCGGUAGCAGAAGAUGCGGAGGCCGCGCUCGGAAAAGUGAUCAAGGCGAUUUUGUCGAAGUGAAUACGCUUAUAUAUAUCCCCUCUUUCUAUCACCGAAUGAAAGAGUCCGUAACUUCCAUAGAGCAAGAAACUAUUGGCCAUGAAGACGCACUAUGGUGUGGGAGCUGGACGUGUUACCGCGUUAACGAAUCAGACAUCAUAUCCGUCGCCAAAAACCAUGCAAACCGGUCGCCAAGGUCCUCGGAGACGCCUAUCUGUGAAUCUAGAGCCAUGAAUGUGUCUGCGUCGAGAUAGCUCAUGUGAUCAAUGUUUUGUUGUUCGUGUGGGCGUAAGUCAUGGCCAAUAACACCACCAGGCGCAAUCUGAUCA